AUGGCAUCACAAAACAUGGCAAACCCUUCUGUCAAUCCUGAUAUCGAAGACGAGCUCUUCCAGAAGGAGGUUGAGGCUGUCAAGGCUUGGUGGUCCGACUCAAGAUGGCGACACACAAAGCGCCCUUUCACUGCUGAGCAGAUUGUCUCCAAACGUGGAUAUCUCCCUGUCGAUUAUGCUAGUAAUGCCCAGGCGAAGAAGUUGUGGAAGAUCCUUGAGCACCGUUUCGAGACCCGAGAUGCCAGCUACACCUACGGCUGCCUAGAACCUACAAUGGUCACCCAGAUGGCCAAGUACCUCGACACCGUCUAUGUUUCUGGCUGGCAAUCGUCAUCGACAGCGUCUGCUUCUGAUGAACCUGGUCCCGAUCUGGCUGAUUAUCCCUACACCACUGUGCCCAACAAGGUCGGCCAUCUCUUCAUGGCCCAACUCUUCCAUGACCGCAAGCAGCGCCAGGAGCGUCUGAGCGUUCCAAAGGCGCAACGCGCGAACCUUUUGAACAUUGACUAUCUUCGUCCCAUUGUUGCCGACGCUGAUACUGGUCAUGGUGGUCUCACCGCUGUCAUGAAGCUUACCAAGCUCUUUAUUGAGAAGGGUGCAGCUGGAAUUCACAUCGAGGAUCAAGCCCCCGGCACAAAGAAGUGCGGCCACAUGGCUGGCAAGGUUCUUGUCCCCAUUCAGGAACAUAUCAACCGCCUUGUUGCUAUUCGUGCGCAGGCUGACAUCAUGGGCUCUGAUCUCCUCGCCAUUGCACGCACCGACGCCGAGGCCGCAACUCUACUUUCCACCAACAUCGAUCCCCGUGACCAUGCAUUCAUCCUCGGCUCUACAAACCCUACUCUUAAGCCCCUCAAUGAUCUCAUGAUCGCCGCUGAGGGUGCUGGCAAGAGUGGUGUUGAGCUGCAGCGCAUUGAAGAUGAGUGGCUUGCCAAGGCCAACCUCAGCCGCUUCGACGACGCUGUGACCGCUGCCAUUGAUGCAGGCUCUUCUUCUGACAAGGCCGGUCUCAAGCGAGACUAUCUUGCCAAGGCAAAGGGAAAGAGUAACCUCGAGGCCAGGGCCAUCGCUCGCCAGGUACUUGGCCGUGAUAUCUUUUUCGACUGGGACGCCCCCCGUACACGCGAGGGUUACUUCCGUCUCAAGGGUGGUUGCGAUUGCGCUGUGAACCGAGCCAUUGCUUACGCUCCUUAUUGUGAUGCUAUUUGGAUGGAGUCUAAGCUGCCCGACUUUGCUCAGGCUAAGGAGUUUGCCGAAGGUGUCCACGCCGUCUGGCCCGAGAAGAAGCUCGCCUAUAACCUCUCCCCAUCGUUCAACUGGAAAACUGCUAUGCCUCGUGACGAGCAGGAAACCUACAUCCGCCGUCUGGCCAAGCUUGGCUAUUGCUGGCAGUUCAUCACGCUUGCAGGCCUGCACACAACAGCCCUGAUCAGCGACCAGUUUGCCAAGGCGUAUAGCACCGUCGGUAUGCGCGCUUACGGCGAGCUCGUUCAAGAGCCUGAAAUGGAGCAGAAGGUCGAUGUUGUUAAGCACCAGAAGUGGAGCGGCGCAACCUACGUCGAUGAAUUGCAAAAGAUGGUUACAGGUGGCAUCAGCUCCACCGCUGCUAUGGGCGCCGGUGUAACUGAGGACCAGUUCAAAUAA